GAAGAGAAUCAAUUCGAUCGAAUCGAGUGUGCGUGCGAGAAGUUUUUUAAAAUACAAUACAAAAAAAAAAACAAGGAUUGCUGUAUAAAGCUAGUUCGUGUCUUAAGUCUUUUGUAUUAUCCAUUAUCUCUGUAGAUAACAUGAAGUGUGCUGUCUUAAGUGUCUUCUUGGUGGUUUUGCCCACCGUCCUCUUGGCUGAGAAUAUUUUCAAAAUCAACAUUUCACCCGAAGAGGCUCAACAGUACAUUAACCAAGUCAGCUCGAAGGGUUUCAACAACAUUGAAUAUGCACCCAAGACCGGUGAGAAUCCUUUGCCCGAGGCUCGCAACGAAAAAGGUGAAUUCGUCUAUAUGGGUCGUGUAAUUGACAAUCCCAAUGAUUUUGUGGAAGAGCAUUAUGAUGCCCAUCAGUAUCAUGGUCAAGAUGGUUUGGGUCAAUAUGCCUAUGGCUAUAAGGAUUGGAAUCAGGGAAAAAAUGAAAAGAAGGAUGCCAGUGGCACUGUGACCGGUACCUAUAAGUAUGUUCAGCCUCAUGGUCGUGAUUUCAUUGCCAACUAUUAUGCUGACAAAAGUGGUUUCCAUGUUGAGGACAAUCGCCCCGCCCAUUUGAAGAACCCACCCACCAAGACUCCCGCCGUUAAGAAAGCCGAGGAGGAGCAUUUCCGUCUUUGGGGCGAGUUUGCCGCAGCUGCUGGCCAAAACCCCGAUCCUUAUGCUCCCGAAUACCAAACUGGCGAGGGUCGUUAUGAACCUCAAGGCACCGAUCAGGAAUAUGUUCAUCAAGAACCCGAAUAUGUGCCCGGUCCCGAGGAAACUGGUGAACCUAAAGGCUUCUAUUAUGCCUUCGAUUACAAUGUACCCCUGUUGCGUAACAAGAAGGAACGCGAAGAAUUGGAACAGCUGCGAGCCAUUAAUAACAAAGACUAAACGCAGGCAAACUGGCAGAUAUUUUGGGCGAGAUUAAAUGUUAAUUUAUACUAAAUUAUUAUUUAUUUUCUUUUUCUAUUGUCAUAUUUAAAUAAUUUAUUUAAAAGCUAAAAAAAACAUAUAUCGAUAAUUAUAACCUGGCUUAAUGCUCUACAAAUGUACCUCAUAGUGUUGUAAAUAUGUGAAGCACAAAUGCAUACAAAAUGAAAUAAAAAAAAAUUAAAACGAAA